GAUCUUUGCCACCUGUCAUGGCUUGUCCGCCAGGGGCAUUUCGGGCACGUCAGGGAAAGACCACCAAAGAUUUUAAGAUCUCCGCUAAUUUUGAACAAAGUCUCGGUCAUUUCUGGCAUCCAACUCCAGCAGCUAAUCUUAUUACAAGCCCCAGAGAGAGAGAGAGAGAGAGAGAGAGGGAGAGCCCGCUGGCUUAAAAAAGCUGCGACUCCGCUCCGGACGCGCAAUGGCGAUCUCCGCCUGGAUUCUCGUCUCCUGCCUUCUCCUCUUCUUCUCCCCAGCCUCCGCCACCGACAGCACAAGAUGCUGAAAUCUCCAUUAUUGAUUGUCUCAGUUGAGAUCUUUGAAUCCUGAGCCAGAUUAAGUGACCCACAGAGAUUAUUCCUCCUUUGAUAUGGGUUGCUUCUCUUGGUCUUGCUGGCAUCCAUCUAUGGGAAAGAAAUGGACAAUCCUGCUGAUCAGCUUGUGGCAGUGAUCAACAGCAAUCGGACUGCUCACAAAUCAAGCGUACUCUUCGACAACCCUGGUCUGGGCUGCAUCGCCCUGCAGUAUAUCCAAGCCUAUCAGGGCCAGUGUGAUGAGGUGGGCGGCAACAAGAAGCCCUCUGACUCCAGCUUUGCUGACACAUUUGCACCCAACUGUGGAGUGGAGGCCCAAACACUCGCUCCUAUCACUGGAAGGCUUCUUGCUUGCCAGUCCAGCUACGUCUCUCCCGACCAAGCCUUCUCUGAUAUCUUGAUUAAAAAUGCUCGAAGCCUGCAGAUAUUGUAUGAUAAGAACCACACGCAGGUCGGUGCGGCGGUGAGGGGCACGGAUGGUGGGGCACCAUAUUUCUGGUGUGUAUUAUUCAGUGGUGGCAAGACUAACAGCACCUUUGUGUUGGAAGGUGGGGUGGCGAAGACAGUUCGACCGGGUUGUUUCAGUGGCAACAAUGAUGAUUGCAGUGGUUCUGCCAGACUUGGCGUCGGGCUAUGGCAGAUGGUUGUUGGGGUUUUGAUAGCUAUUGCUUGUGCUGUUGGCUUAUGAGUGUUUACAUUUUCUGCCACUGCAACACAUCAUUUGUUGUUUGUAAUUCUUUUUUGUGAUUCAAAUAUUUUCUAAACAUUUUGAGAGUUCUGUUGUUUUCUAGAAUUUAGCAAAUGCUGUUAUAGUUUUGUCAGUUUAAUCCUGUAUCACUUCUUGACUUCUUUGUAGUAUUAUGCGUUGAUUUUCCAUAUGGCCUGAUCAGGAUCU